AUGGGUGUGGCCAGGGCUGCCCUUGAACGGCAUACUAUGCUUCUGCUCACAUCGUCAAAGACCCUCUUACGGCAUCCCGAAUCUGAAAGUGCGCUUCAGUGCAGGGAUGGAGUUUUCGAUCAGAUUCGAACUGCACUUCAACUCAUCGCAAUUUGUGUUUGUGAUGGUGUACUUCCCGUAGAUCCAUUGCGAUUUGUUCAAACGUCGAGUGAAGAACCGCUGGAUAUCGGAAUUCAACUCACAGCUAACGCUGCCAUUAAACAACUCACUGAGAUGUUGGAAAUGGUUCGAAUGACUUCUAGGGUCGGAGUUGGAGUGAGGGAACGGCUUAUCGGAGCGCUCGAUGCACUUUGCGAAAUGACUCAGGACUUCACCGAUUCUGCCUACACACCACAUCAUCAUCGAGAGCAAAUCCUCGACUUCUUGGAAGAAUGUCGCUUCGAGAUGACAAAUCUUAUUCAGCCUGAUGACGAGUCUUCCGAUCAACUGCGUUCUGAUGGUAUUGAGGUAACCGUCGAACGGUUGAACAGAAGGUUGAAAGAUCUUGGGAAACAAUUGCAAAUCGUCGCGAUGGAGCAUAUUUCCGAAGUUUUACGAGCUAACGAAGACCAAGUACUGUUGUCGUCGAUAAAAGCAUGCGCAGUUUCCGGUGAUAUUGACGGCGUUGAACGAUAUAUGGAGAAGUAUAGAGAGCAUGCGGAGCACAUGCAGGAGACAUUGUUAUCUGGCCGUACGCUCUGUCAACAUCCUUCCAGCCGUAUUGCUCGAGAAAAUCUUGAAGUAUUCUGUGAUACGUGGUGCCAAUCGGUCAAUGAUCUCUCACGCCUGGCCAAGGAAUCGGAUUCAGCUGCAUGUGGUCGCGUUGCUGCCGAGAAACAAGCGUAUAUGUCAUUACCUCGUCCAGGGGUGAGCAGUACCGAUUCGUCGUCGUCAUUACCCCCAUUUAGAAGUUCACGGGACCUGGCGACUGUUCAUAGUUCUGAUUCGUCAGCAUCGUUGUCACGGUUCCGAAACGUACCGCUUCGUAUUUUGAAUCGGUCGUUUGAAUCACAAACUGUGACGCGUCUCAUUUGCGAUUCGGAUGGCUCAACGUCCAGUGCCUCCAUCGAUAACCGCGAGAAUCGGCGUGACGCUGUCACGGUCCCGUCUAUGCCCCCACUGACGGCGAUUAUGUCGCAGGGAGGUGACGAGCUCAGUUCCGCCGCCUCAGCAACUAGCGAGGAUCGCAAGGCGUUCGAAUAUCGCAUCAGUUUGAUCCUAGACGAUUUGCAUAGAGUGCCACUGCAUGACCGAAGUGAUUGA